CCGCUUAGCGCUGGAGGCGGCAGUAGAUCGCGUAGUGGAACGACAACGACAAAGUCCAAGAAGGGAGUUUUAGGUUUCAUGUCGGAAGUAUUCAAUCCCACGAAACGCCCGGAGAUUAGCACACCAUAUGACCCAGUUCACCUCACCCAUGUCGGUUUCAACUCGUCCACAGGAGAGUUCACUGGCUUGCCCAAGGAAUGGCAACAGUUGCUGCAGGAAAGUGGGAUCUCGAGAUCGGAGCAAGAGAAGAAUCCUCAGGCCGUGAUGGAGAUUGUCAAGUUUUACCAGGAAGGUCAUGGUGAGGUAUGGGACAAGUUGGGAAAUGUGGGAGGAGCAAUAGAUACAGCUUUUAUUGCCAAGAUUGGGGAAGAUGGUUUCACAAAUCCGGUGAGCAGUUAGUUGUCCGUUGAAUGUUUGCUUGAUAUUCACCUUUGUUCAGCGGUCACCUCCUCCGCCUCCCAAAAAGCAACAAUCGCAACCAUCGGUGUAUUCUCAACCUGUCCAAUCUGGAACUUCUGCGCCAAGUUCAUUUCGUCCUGCACCUACGCCACCUUCCACCGCUACUCCAGCUCUUGAUCGUUCCACCUCUCAACGUACUCCCGCUAAACCAGUCAAAUCUGCGGACAUUGGCCGUUCUAAUACAACUCGGGAUAGGCGAUCUCCAAGCGGCCAGGGCCCCGCUCAACUUCCUAGUGUGAACGCUCUUGGACAACAGAAGCAAUAUGCGAAGCCAUCUCCAGGAUCAUC